GCAGAGCCGGUGCGUCGGGGACACGGACACGGGCCGCCGGGGACUGCGAAUCAGCCAUGGCCACCACCAACGGGGCUGUGGAGAACGGACAGGCAGAUGGGAAACCUCCCGCCCUGCCGCGCCCCAUCCGCAACUUGGAGGUGAAGUUCACCAAGAUAUUUAUCAACAACGACUGGCAUGAAUCCAAGAGUGGAAAAAAGUUUGCCACAUAUAACCCUUCAACUCUAGAGAAAAUAUGUGAGGUGGAAGAAGGCGAUAAGCCGGAUGUGGACAAGGCGGUGGAGGCCGCACAAGCUGCCUUCCAGCGGGGCUCUCCGUGGCGCCGGCUGGAUGCCCUGAGCCGAGGCCACUUGCUGCACCAGCUGGCUGAUCUUAUAGAACGGGACCGCGCUAUCCUGGCAACCCUGGAGACCAUGGACACCGGCAAGCCAUUCCUUCAUGCCUUUUUUAUGGACCUGGAGGGCUGUAUCAAGACCUUCAGAUAUUUCGCCGGGUGGGCAGACAAAAUCCAGGGCAGGACCAUCCCCACAGAUGACAACGUGGUUUGCUUUACCAGGCAUGAGCCCAUUGGGGUGUGUGGCGCCAUUACACCAUGGAACUUCCCCAUGCUGAUGCUGGCCUGGAAACUGGCCCCUGCCCUGUGCUGUGGGAACACCGUGGUCCUGAAGCCAGCUGAACAGACACCCCUCACUGCCCUGCACCUCGGCUCUCUCAUCAAAGAGGUCGGGUUCCCUCCAGGUGUGGUGAACAUUGUGCCAGGCUUUGGGCCCACCGUGGGAGCAGCAAUCUCCUCCCAUCCGCAGAUCAACAAGAUAGCCUUCACCGGGUCCACAGAGGUUGGGAAGCUGGUUAAAGAAGCCGCGUCCCGGAGCAACCUGAAGCGGGUCACCCUGGAGCUGGGAGGGAAGAACCCCUGUAUCGUGUGCGCCGACGCUGACCUGGACUUGGCUGUGGAGUGUGCGCAUCAGGGAGUGUUCUUCAACCAAGGCCAGUGCUGCACCGCCGCCUCCAGAGUGUUUGUGGAAGAGCAGGUCUACGGGGAGUUUGUGAGGAGGAGCGUGGAGUACGCCAAGAAGAGGCCGGUUGGGGACCCCUUCGAUGCCAAAACGGAGCAGGGGCCUCAGAUCGAUCAAAAGCAGUUUGACAAAAUCCUCGAGCUGAUCGAGAGUGGGAAGAAGGAAGGGGCCAAGCUAGAAUGUGGGGGGUCAGCCAUGGAGGACAGAGGACUGUUCAUCAAACCCACUGUCUUCUCAGACGUCACAGACAACAUGAGGAUCGCCAAAGAGGAGAUUUUCGGACCAGUGCAGCCAAUACUGAAGUUCAAAAAUCUUGAAGAAGUGAUCAAAAGAGCGAAUAGCACUGACUACGGACUCACAGCAGCAGUGUUCACCAAAAACCUUGACAAAGCCCUGAAGCUGGCUUCCGCACUGGAGUCGGGGACAGUAUGGGUCAACUGCUACAAUGCAUUCUAUGCACAGGCUCCAUUUGGUGGCUUCAAAAUGUCUGGGAAUGGUAGAGAAUUAGGUGAAUACGCUCUGGCUGAGUAUACAGAAGUAAAAACUGUCACCAUCAAGCUCGAUGACAAGAACCCUUGAAGGACAGACCGACUUCUUCCUCAAAAGCUGGACCGCUGACCAUGGCAACUCCAACUUGCCAUGUGCAGAGAGCAGGGUGACAGUGCUCAGCCUCCCAGGACCCUCUCUUCUGGACACACGAUCUACUGGAGUUUAACGGUUUUGAUUUUCCUCUCACACUCAUGCUUUACGGACCAAACUGUGGGUGGCUGGAUGUUCUGUGUGAACCUGCAGGCCUGCCUGGGGAGGAACGCUUAUCCAGCUCUGGCUUUGCCUUUAGACUAAGUGCAGGACACAGCAAACACAUCUGGGGCCCUGCUACUACAAGGUGGUCUCUGGAGUGUCCCGCAGUUACUUUAAAUGCUUCGCUCACCCCAGGAGGAAUGUGAAAAGAGCCCACUGCAUGUCCUGCAAGCAGAUCUGCUCUUGCGACCAUGCCUCGGGGGUCACCCGCGCACAGAACAAGUCCCCCCCUCAUUCUGAGGCACAAGUGGGAUUACUCACAAGCAAAGGGUUAGUGUUGAAAUGAAAGGAGGAUUCCAGGAACCCCGUGUGGGGAACUUAGGGACACAUAAGCCACCGAAAGGCGCCGGGAGCCUUUGGGUUCUGCAGGGUUGCCGGUCGUAGAGGCUGCGUGUAGACACUGAUUGUGGGAUUCACCUUGAAAACAGUCCUGACUUUGGAAUUACCAAACCAACAACCCAAAGAACCUGCCCUACAGUUACGAGAUGGUCUUUCAUAACUAAGGCUCAUCUUGGGCAGAGAAUAUCCCUUGCCACUGAGGACUCAUUUGAGAGCUACCACAGCAGAGCAAACCCUAGACAGUCAAACCCUAGACAUUUGACACUCAGAGCCAUCGUUCACUUUUGCAGUUUACCCAUUUCUAAUACAUCCAGUGAUGAACACACCCACUUCCUUUUUCUCAUCUCCAGCUCCAUUACUCAUUUUAGAUCAGUAAAGCACACACCACCGAGAGACAGCUGCCACUGCAUAGCUCCGUAGUCAUAAAAAUCCAGUUUGGAUUUUCAUUUCUGGUUGGCCCAACACACAGCACCUGGAUCCCAUAGUGGAACAGAUCAUCAGCCAAGUGGCCUGGGGAUUGGCAUUCACAUUAUGACAUUUUUCUUUUCCUCUUUGGUAUACGAUAUGCAAUUCCAGGUUUGAACUUGGGAAACUAAAAACCGUUCCCAUAAAGCUUUAAGGAUAAAACCAAACUCACUGGGUUAGCUGCUGUUCGGGUACUUUCACCGUCAGUCACAUGCACCUCUCUAGUUGGACGUGAUGCUUACAUUUGAGGAUGAGGGUUAAGACUGAGCAACAGUGAAAAGGAAGGCUCCUCCUCCCAGAACCAGUGUGUGCAUGAAGAAUAUGGUACAUGAUUUGGGGGCUCCCCGUUUACCUUCUUUCCUCCCUCAGCACAUGUACUACCAGUAACUGGUGAAAUCAGGAUUCGGACACUGAAUUUUGAGUAUCUCAAUAACUCUAGGCACUACCCUUCUACCAUAGUACAAUAGAGGGUUGCUCCUCUUCUGGUGGACAAUAAUGCCUUUACUAUGAAAUGUUACAUUAUUUAUAAUUGGUAUCAUUAAUGUAUCUUUUUAUAGCUGUAAGUACACAGAGGUAGUAUAUUUAACCUUCUGUAAUAUACUGUAUUUAGAAAUGAAAAUCUAUAUAAUGUUAGGUUUCACUUCUUCCAAGGUUUACCCCUGUGGUAUGGUUUUUAAAUCGACUGGACUGGGAAUUUUGAUCCUAACUUCAGAUUGUGUUCAACAAUGAUAAAAUAAAAUUGGACAUUUGAGAAA